GCCGGCGGCUCUUCUUCUGUUGUUGUUCGUCCACUGCUCACUCGGCAUCUCACUAUCACCUCAAGAGGCCAACCAGUUCCUCAGCAGACACAGAAGGGCUAACCAAAUGUUCGAGGAGACAAAAAAGGGUCACUUGGAAAGGGAAUGUGUGGAGGAGAGAUGUUCCAAAGAAGAGGCCAGAGAAGUGUUUGAAAAUGACCCUGAGACUGAAUACUUCUAUCCAAAGUAUGUGGCCUGCUUGGAUAAAUUUGGAGACACAGAAAAAAAGAAACUGGAUCUGAUCACCUGUGUUCACAACAUUCCAGACCAGUGUUCUCCUUCUCCCUGUAAUGACAGAGGCACGGUGCGCUGCGAAGACAAAAAAGGCGACUUCCUGUGUCACUGUUUCACAGGCUGGACGGGAGCCAGGUGUGAGAAAGAUGUCGACGAGUGCAGCAAGAGAAACGGAGGCUGUGAGCACCAGUGCAACAACACCAUGGGCAGUUUCCGCUGCUCCUGUCACCCGGGCUACAUGCUGGUGGGACGUCAAAUGUGUAAUGACGUGGACGAGUGCGUCGACCCGGUCGUGUGCGGAACAGCUCUGUGUGAGAAUACAAACGGCAGCUACAACUGCCUGUGCGACAUUGGCUAUCAGUACGACAACGACACCAAGACCUGUGUGGAUGUGGACGAGUGUGUGACGGGUGUGUGUGCAGAGGAGUGUUUGAACACCCCGGGGAGUUUCCGUUGUUUCUGUGAUGGUCGACAGGGACUGAAGCUGAGCCAGGAUCUCAGGAGUUGUGAGUCCAUCACUCCACGUUUGUCUCCACCUCUGAGGAGGAACUCUCGUUCUCUUUACCUGGGCCGCAUGUUCAGUGGCGUCCCGGUGGUGAGGCUGCGUUUCCGUCGGAGGAUCCAGACCGGCUUUUCAGCAGAAUUUGACUUCCGCACCUAUGACCCUGAGGGGGUGAUUUUCUUUGCUGGAGGUCACCUGAACAGCUCGUGGAUUGUCCUGGCAAUGCAUCAUGGGAAACUGGAGCUGCAGAUAAAGUAUGGCACAGUCAGCAGGGUCACCAGCAGCGGGCCGCUGGUCAACGAUGGCCAGUGGAGAAAGAUCUCUGUGGAGGAGCAGGGUCGCAGCCUCGUGAUUAAGAUCGACAGGGAGGCCGUCAUGAAGAUCGCAGUCAAUGGUGAUCUGUUCACGCUGAAGAAAGGCAUGCAUGAACUCAACCUGACUGUAGGGGGAGUGCCUUUCAGGGAGGACGGCCUGGUCAACCAGGUCAACCCCCGUCUGGACGGCUGUAUGAGGGAGUGGCGCUGGCUGACGGGUGAAGACACUUCAAUACAGGAAACCAUUCAGUCCAACCAGAACAUGCAGUGUUUCAGCACAGAGGAUCCUGGAGCGUUUUACCCUGGCACAGGCUUCGCUCUUUUCAACAUCACCCAAGAACCACAGAACCUGAGCAUCCAUCUGAGCCUGCGCCCCCUCUCUGCAAUCGGAGUCCUGUUUGCACUGGUUUACCAGGACAAAGUUCCUCUUUCGGUCGCUCUGUCCGACUACCAUCCUGACCUGGACGAAUGGGGAGAUUUUGUUCUAGUGUCUUCCGGUGACGUCACUCUGGCCAGCGCUGUUGCUCCUGUGUGUGACGGUGAGAGUCAUGAAAUCGUGGUGACAAUAUCAGGGAACCAGACCCAGGUACUGGUGGACGGCCAACCUGGAAGAAGUGAAGACAACGAAGUUCCCACAGACCUGCUCUACCAGUCCAGCACCUUCAUCGGAGGCCUGCCAGAUGAAGUUCCUCUGGUGUCCAUGCCGGUGUCGGCGCCCUACAGUGGCUGUAUGAAGGUCAGCGUGAACGGACAGCCUCUGGACUUGGACCAGGCCCUCCACAAACACAACAACAUCCACUCCCACUCCUGCCCCCUGCUGGACUCUUACCAGUGACCGCAGUAUCACGCUGCCAAAAACUGAUUCGUGAGUGGUUGAUUGAGGCGAGAAUCGAACAGUAUUUAUAAAAAGAUCUGACCAGUGUUAAGAACCUAAACCAACCAGAGCGCGUUUUUGUGAUGCAGGUGUAGCCGUUAACCCAGGAUCACUCUGUCCUUUUACUGUGACCACACUGCUGCCUAGAGGUGACCUUUCACAGUAUCGUACACCAUCGGUCGUAGGUUAGUUUGCUAGCAAGUGGGUGGCGUCCCAUCUACUAGGCAGAUGAAAUGGCAAUAACUGCUGCACAACGUUGCCUCAGAAAACUGCCCCUGUAUCGCAGCCUUAUCAAACCCACCAGAACACACAUGUCAGAGGCCUGGUCCUGGUCCUGGUCCUGGCGUCCUGUGCUGUGGUUUAGAUCCAGGCUGAAGUGGAGCAAAGUGACUCCUGAGCUGAGGACAUGUAGCCCAUAUUUGACUCGCAUCAAAACUUAAAUAGGUCAAAUUGUAAAAAAAAACAAAACAAAAAUCAA